AUGUCGUCCGCAAAGAAAGCUGUUUAUGAAGUUCCUCAGAAGGUAAUAGAAUUCCUUCCAAAGUUUCGAAAACAGUAUCGAGACCUGCUGCGCGAGGCCAGUUACCUCCCUGACUCGGCUGCCCGAAUUUACGCUCAUGAAUCCAUCGUCAAACGAUUCAAUCCUUACAACCCCCGAAAGCUCGAUCCGAGAUACUGGGGCACCGAUUUUCUUCGAUCCAAAUUUGAUCCCAAGACAAUAGAACAAAGGUCUAAGAAAGCGGCACAAAAAUUGCAUUUGCUGGAGCGCAUAAAUCUGGAAGGGAGCACAAAGGAUUGGCAAACCGUUUUACUCAGAACGUAUGGAAGAGCUGGAAAAAGAAGAAGGGAACUGCUCUCUCAAUUGUUGCAGCCUGGGGAGGAUGAAGUGCCACAAGAUGACACAGCCUUAGAAGCCCUUAUGGAUAGUCAGAUUUUGAAAAAUCUGGAUGCGACCAAGGAUGUCGAGAUAGAUAUAGCAAAUGCAGUAAGCAAAAGGAAGCGCCGAGAGCACAAACAGAUGACAAUGUUCCUUGCAAGUCAACAAGAAAACAAUCCAAUCGAAUCGAUGCGAGGGAGGAUCAGGAAACUCAAACCAGAGUUACCGGCAACGAAUGCAUGGGGACGCAAACUCACAGAGGCACGCAAAGAGAACACGCGACGUGCAUGGUGGGCCGAUAUUCUGGAAAGAGUUCUGCCGCCAUUACCCGAACAUGAAUGGAAUAGAUUGGCAGAUUUGGCCGAAGGAAGAGAACCCAUUGAACAAAGACGCCCAAGACGGAAACCAGCGACCUCUUCCGACACGAAGGAACCCCAGCCCGCUUCAGAAUUGAAUGCGCUUUUAAACACGCCAGCCAGGCUGAAUACGAAAUAUUGGGCAGAGGCACCAGGGGAGUCAGAUUCAGACGACCCACCGACGAUACAGACUAAUACACGGGCGAUGCGAAGGAUGUAUGGCAUGAUCUGGAGCCUUUCGGCGAAAAUGGUGCAGAGCGAGAAAACCGGAACAUACACAGUCACUUGGGGAGGACAACGUUCACUAUCUGCUUCAGGGAAGAUUACACAAUCGUCGUCACAGGAUGCUGAACUUUUCGAAAAGCCGGAUGAUGGGCUGGCCGAGGAGGGGAUCUUGGACAGACAGUUUAAGAAGAUAGUUGGUCGCAAUGCAAAAAAGCUGAUAAAGUAA